UGACGGAGCUGACGGAGCUGCCGGAGGCGUCACUCCCAUCCAGCAGCGGUGAGUCCGGCAGCAGGACGGAGGAGCCAUUCAUUCUUCUGUCGUCCGGAGAAAACGUGGAGGAUGAAGCCGAGACACUGACGGAACAGAACAAUAAACCCAGGAAUAAACCCGACCAGAAGUUCCGAGAAGAAGAAUCCAGCAGAAACUUCAACUUUGUGGAUUUCCAGACGCGUCGCUGCAGAACCGAUCCAGCAGAACUCAACCGUCCACAGACGACUCUGACAUCAUUCCGAUUCAACCUGAAGAUUUGUCACGAGAUUCCACACAGGAGGUUUGUCUUUUAUUCUCAUCGGUGCUGUUUGGGUCCAGAAUAGAUCCUUUUUUCCUCAGGAGGCCCUUGUGUGUCUGAUGUGACGCCAGCUGGCUGGCUCCAGGAACACGACUUCAAUACAAUGUAGACACCAAGAAGCAGACUGAAAGAGAGUCCGAAGACCGAGCCGACCGAGGGAGGGUGAGUCAAAGGAGGAGGAACGACAGCUGUGCCCAAACGACUCCAGCGGGAGAUAAGAAGAAGCGAAAGAAGUGGAGGAGAAGAAGAAGGAAGCAGCAGACUGUGAAUCAUUGACUUGAACCUUUUGCGUCACCUUCCUGUGAGGCGUUUGCUCGGAGGAUCACAGCCUCGGCGCUCUCUGCACCUCUCAGCAGCGUUGAACCUGAACGGAGCCUCCAGCCGCCGUCAGCAUGUGCCAUGUGAUCGUCACCUGCCGCUCCAUGCUGUGGACUCUGCUGAGUAUUGUGGCCGCGUUCGGAGAGCUCAUCGCCUUCAUGAGCACUGACUGGCUGGUGGGAUUCCCGCGCACGCCCGACGCCGUCUACGGCCCCCAUGGGGCCACCACAGCCGGGGAGGCCUACAGGCCCACUUUAGGCAUCUACGGCCGCUGUAUAAAACUGCCCCACCUGCAGCGGGGGAUACUGUGUGGACCGUACGCAAUUCACUUCGGGGAGAUUGCCAGCGGGUUCUGGCAGGCCACGUCUAUCUUCCUGGCUGCCGGGAUCCUGCUGCUGUGCGCCGUGGCGUUCAUCUCCGUCUUCACCAUGUGCUUCCAGAGCAUCAUGAAGAAGAGCAUCUUCAACGUGUGUGGACUGCUGCAAGGGAUCGCAGGUCUGUUUCUGAUCCUGGGUCUGAUGCUGUACCCUGCUGGCUGGGGUUCAAACAAGGUCCAGCUGUACUGCGGCCCUGACGCGGCUCCGUACCGGGCCGGGCUCUGCUCCAUGGGCUGGGCCUUCUACACCGCCAUGGGCGGCACCGUGCUCACCUUCGUCUGCGCCGUCUUCUCUGCUCAGGCCGAGAUCGCCACCUCCAGCGACAAAGUCCAGGAGGAGAUCGAGGAGGGGAAGAGCCUCAUCUGCCUCCUCUGAGGAUCACACUUCUGUAGAAGAAGAAGAGAAACGGGCCAAUCAGAGUCAGCAGCUGCCUCCCCUGACGAGGCCGGCCUGUGUGCAUUGUUUACCACUAGAACUGACUCCAAAUGUCUGUUUUGUGUUUCUGUGGGAGAAAUCUACAAGUGCCAAGUUUUCUUCUCAGUGUGUGUCUUUGUCUUUCUGCCACUAGAGGUGCUGUGUGUCUGUUGUUGGUGUCGGACGCCCGGAGACGCGUCGUCUCCGCGGCCGCCACGUGUCCACCUGUAAAUACGUGUGAUUAUAUAUAUUUUGUACAUAGAUAGUUAUGAUCGCAGAAUGAUCGGUCAGCUUGAUCCAGGCUGCGCUGAUGAUGUCACUCUUGCCUUACAAACACGACCAGCGAGCCUGGAUCUGUGAACCGUGUGAGAGUAUGAACUCAACAAGGGAACCACUAACAGUCAGAAUAAACUACUCCCAGCAUCAGACUGGCUGAUGUCCUGUAAAGCUCUCAGAAUGUACUGUUGUUUGAAUCCUUCAUGUGUUUGCAGACCCUUGAAAUGUAUCAGUGGGAAGACGAGCACACGAAGCUCCGCCGUGUGUUUCGUUUGUCCUGAAAUGAAGUUAGCUGAUCGUGGACUCUGACGGAUCUGGUCCUGGACUGUGAAGGAUCUGGUCCUGGACUGUGAAGGAUCUGGUCCUGGACUGUGAAGGAUCUGGUCCUGGACCGGAUAAUGAGGACUCGUUCAAAUGAAGUAUUGCUGUUAUUAGUGACGUCUGGUUUCAGGGAGUCUGUCGAGUCCGUAGAUAGUGUCCUAUCUGUUCCCAUUUGUUUCUGCCAAACGAAUAAAGAGAAGGGAAAAAAAAAAGA